UUAUAUUAUUGUUUUGAUAACUUGAAAAGCUUGAAAUAUGUAAUAAUAACAAAAUAUAUAUUUAUGUACCUACCGAAUCUUUGUUACAAAAAUUAGAUAUUCAUGUUUUUAACAGUAUACAAUGGCACUAUUUGUGAGAAACUGGCGAAGGAAAAAAAUAAUAAAUGUUCUCCCGAGGCUUGUUAUUGGUCUUAUUUUUAUAUAUUUUUAUUGCGAAUAUUUAAUUUAUUAUGUUACUCAAAUACAGUGUGGUUGGUCGCCUUUAAAGAAAGAACCAGCUGAUGGGACUGAACCUUUAUAUGCAAUGAUAUUAGCUGAUCCGCAUUUGUUAGGGUCUCGUAAUGGUCACUGGUUUGAUAAAUGGCGGCGUGAAUGGCAAAUGCAUCGUGGAUUUCAAACUGCUAUAACAUUACACCGGCCAGAAAUUAUAUUUGUUUUGGGUGAUCUCUUUGAUGAAGGCAAAUGGUCCAGAAAAGAGUUUAACGAAUAUGUGGAAAGAUUUUAUAAAUUGUUCAAAGUUCCUGAUGAUACAGCCAUGUAUGCUGUGGUGGGUAAUCAUGAUAUUGGCUUUCAUUAUAGGAUAACACCACACCUGGCUGCAAGGUUUGAGAGUAAAUUAGAUUCGCCGCCAGUUCGUCUAGUGAGUGAAAAGGGCAACCACUUUGUGCUCAUUAAUUCCAUGGCGAUGGAGGGAGACGGCUGCUCAUUAUGCUCGCGCGCGGUGAAUGAAAUUGAUAAAAUAUCAAAUAUAUUGAAAUGUAGCAGUGGCUCAACAUUGUGCAAAGGGAAAGCAAAGCUAGAGCGGUAUAGCCGACCGAUAAUAAUGCAGCACUAUCCUCUGUACAGAGAAUCGGAUAGCAUAUGCACGGAGCCGGACGCGGCGCCAUUACCCGCACGCAACGACUUGUUCGAGGAGCGAUGGAACUGCUUGUCCAGGGAGUCCACGGAGUACCUGGUGGAGAGCCUCGCCCCGCGCGCCGCCUUCGGAGCCCACACGCACCACAGCUGCGUGGUGCGACACAGCUUCGUGCCCACCCCCAAUCACAAGACUGAGUUCAUAGAGUACACAGUACCGUCGUUCUCGUGGAGGAAUAGAGAGGAUCCUAAGUAUUAUCUUGUAACAAUAUCUCCAGACGAGGUGAAAGUGUCGAAAUGCGGCAUGCCUCGUGAAUCUACGAUGAUUCUCACCGCUGUAAUAAUGCUACUGGCGUUGCUCGUUUAUUUAAGAUAUAUAUUAAUCGCUACGAAUGACAGCAAUUACAAACUUUUAUCUGGAAAGGAAGUGUAAACUUGUGAAUAUAAUUGUGCAUAUUAUGCAAUGGGUAUUUAAUAAACAAUUGUUUUUAUUAUUCGUUA